CGUCACCAAGAACCCUCCUGCACGGAUGCAAUCCUCGACAAAUUACUAAAAUGCCCUUCCUCCCGCCUAGUUAUAUUUUAGUACUUUCGUCUCUUUCUGCCAUUUCUUCCCAACGCUACAAAGAUCCAAUUCCUCACUUUCUCUAGCUAGGGUUUCUGCAAUUCCACCAACGAAAAUCUGUUCGAUAUAAUCGAUUUCUUCGUUUUCGUUUCAAAUCUCUUUGAUUCCGUUCGCUUUUCUCCUUUUCUUUCCAAAAAUUUCCUAUAUAUUUUUCACGCCUGAGACUGCUGUAAGAUUGAAUCGUUCUUCGAUUUGAAUGGAGGUCGAUUCGAUCUUUUUCCUCCAUCGGACGGCUCGGAUAUGAUCAAGAACGCCGCCCUGCAUUGGCAUUUUCCUGAUCUUGGAUGCAACUAAGAGAUCUCAUGAAGGAUCUGAUUUCGGACGGAUCUCGAUUUCUUUCGAUUUGAUUCGUUAGCUUGGUUAUGUCUUUUCGAAAUUCUUGAUUUUUGACGGGGUUAGGGUUUAUGGAGGAUUGUAUUCUUGGAGAUCUUGAUUUUGGUGUUUUGUUAAGAAUGUGAAUUUCGACUGUUCUUUUGUGCUUCGGAUGAUCGAGUAUGGUGAGUACGUUUAGUCGGAGUACGUCAGGCCAUUUGGCCCGGAGAUCUCCCAGCUUCAGCAGCCCGAGGGUUGCUCUCCCGCGUAAGAGCUGGGUCAUGCGAUCUUUCAGUGCCCGUGUCGGGGUUUCAUUGUUACUAUCUCUCUUUUUCGUCAUCAGCUGUGGUUAUGUGUUCGUCUUCCCGAAUCUCGGUCAGCUGAUUAACCAGCGAUAUGGGUUCUCCGAAUUCGCUGGCUCCGUUGAUGGCUGUGAUUUCUUCGAUGGCAAGUGGGUCCCGGACAACACACACCCGCACUACAACAGCUCAGAUUGUCCAUUCGCAGAACGGGGAUUCAAUUGCUUGGCAAACGGGCGGAGAGAUAACGAGUAUCUGAAAUGGCAGUGGAAGCCUCUGCAUUGUGAUCUCCCAAGUUUCAGCGCCCCUGAGAUCUUGGAACAGCUUCGAGGGAAACGGGUUGUUUUUGUUGGGGAUUCGAUGAGUAGGACACAGUGGGAAUCAAUGAUAUGUUUGCUUAUGACUGGUGUGGAGGAUCAGAAGACUGUUUAUGAAGUCAAUGGGAACAGGAUUACGAAGCAGAUACGGUUCUUGGGUGUGCGGUUCCAUUCUUUCAAUUUAACCAUCGAAUUCUACCGCUCAGUAUUCCUGGUGCAGCAGGGGAAGCCCCCAAGACAUGGGCCAAAGAGGGUGCAGUCGACGCUUCAUCUGGAUGUGUUGGAUGAGAUUAAUAAGAAGUGGAUUGAUUCAGACGUUCUGAUUUUCAAUUCAGGACAAUGGUGGACACCAGGAAAGCUUUUCAAUGUGGGCGCCUAUUUCCAGGUCAAUGGAACGCUGAAGCUUGGAAUGCCAAUCAAUACUGCAUACAGAACAGCAUUGGGCACUUGGGCAUCAUGGGUUGAAGCUAUGGUCAACACACAUAGAACACAAGUCUUCUUUCGGACUUUUGAGCCUUCUCAUUGGGGAGGUCCAGGCCGGAGUGUAUGCAAAGUGACCCAAUACCCCACAUCAGAAACCAAGGGGCUCAACCAAAGCGUGUUUACAGAUAUCAUUUCAGAGGUUGUAUCAGAGAUGAAAGUUCCUGUAACCAUUCUUCCUGUAACUUCCAUGGGGGCCUUCCGGAGUGAUGCCCAUGUUGGCAAAUGGAGUGACAAUCCUUCUGUGCCAGACUGUAGCCAUUGGUGCCUUCCUGGAGUACCUGACACUUGGAACGAGCUUCUCUUUGCAUAUCUACAGGCCAAGCACAGAGGUUCUCUCAGAUGAAUAGGUUUUCCGACAUAUAGCAUCCAGAUUCGCGAUUAUUUUUUCUUUCCUCUGGCAGCUGCCAAAGAAAAGCGAGCGCGAUCUCUCUGAGAUGAAGCAGCAUCACCUACGGGAUAAUUUUCUUACUUAACUCCAUUUUUUAAAAUUCUUUUUUUUUUUUUUUCCUUUCUUUUCUUUUCUUUUCUGUAUCUACCAGGAAGAGGGGCUGAAUUCAGUCUAUUGGAUGUAACAAUUUGUAUGUUCUUCUUAUUUCCCGAUCAUUUAUUGAUGUGUUGGGGUGAGAGUUGCUAACAAAAAAUUAUUUUCGUAUACUGUCUUGUACUCGCUAUUUUCAUUCCAUUCAUGUGUACAGACACUCUUGAGAAUUGAGACCAAGCAUUCGAUAAUGUAAAUUAUUCAUUUCAUUCAUUUUUCA